GGUGGUCGGGAGGCGCUGGUGUCAGCAUCCUUUCUGCCUCCCUAUUACCACUACCCUUCAAGCAUCCGACAAAACACCCAGAAAAGGGAUACUGCCGAAGGGGAUGGAUGUUGUUGAGGAUGAGCUGAGCCUUUGACACCAUGAUGAACCCAUCCUCUGCCGACUCGCCGCGUCAGCCAGACAAUAGCAGCCGGAAGCAGCAGCGGUCGUCGUCUCCGGCCGGGCUCAAAGACAGUGGAUCUAAAGCUACACAGAAGGGCAGCAACUCGUCAAAGCCCAUCACGUCAAAGCAAGGAGGAGGAGGAGUAGGGGGAGGGAGAAACAGCCGAGGUCAUUCUCCCGUUUCCACAGGCAGGGAGCGGCAGGCCGGAGGCGCUCCUGCCAUCAGAGGCACGGCUGCUGUCCAGGCUGCUGGUGCUGAAAGCCCGACGCUGAGCAGGCACGCGGUGGCGGCGGCAGACAGAGGCGGCGGUAUCCACACACCAGAAGACUCCCCCCGCCUUGCCGCUGAAUCCUCUUCACCCUCCAGAUCGGAUCCGAACCGCGUCGUAUCCGACCAGCCCUGCGCGUCCAAAUCCCCUAAAUUGAGAAGCAAAAACCCGAGAGGUGGGGAGGCCGCCGCUGCGACGAGCGGCAACAAGAAGAGCUCCAAAAGCACAGUAGGCUGCGGACCCGGUUUCUGGAAGGAGGGAUGCUUGCAAUCCGAGCUAAUACAGUUUCAUUUGAAUAAGAGCUUGGGGAAAAAGGGGACAAAGAUGCAGACGAAAUCGGCAUCACCGCCGGCCUCAGAGCCGGAGCUGUCCCCUGAGCCCGACAGUCCACAACCGGCUCCACAGCCAGACCAGAGACUACAAGAAGAGAUAGAGAAGCUGGAGGAUGAAAAUGAGGAUCUAAGGACUGAAAUCGAGGAGAUGCGGGCAGAGAUGGAUGAAAUGCGGGACACCUUCUAUGAGGAAGACGCAUGCCAGCUGCAGGACAUGCGCAGAGAGCUGGAGAGAGCCAACAAGAACUGUCGGAUCCUUCAAUACCGACUGAAGAAGGCAGAGAGGAAGAGGCUCCGGUUCACAGAGAGUGGCCAGGUGGAUGGAGAGCUGCUCAGAAGUCUGGAGCAAGACCUCAAGGUGGCGAAGGAUGUGUCUGUGCGCUUGCACCAUGAGCUGGAGAAUGUGGAGGAGAAGAGGAUGAAGACAGAGGAGGAGAACGAGAAGCUGAGGCAGCAGCUGAUAGAGGUGGAGGUCACCAAGCAGGCCCUGCAGAAUGAGCUGGAGAAAACCAAAGAGCUCUCACUGAAACGAAAAGGAAGUAAGGAUGGGCAAAAAGCAGAGAGAAAGGCUCCACAGACCCCAACUGAGGAAGAAAAUGAUGAUUUGAAAUGCCAGCUGGCCUUCAUCAAGGAGGAAGCCAUCUUAAUGAGGAAAAAAAUGGCCAAGAUUGACAAGGAGAAGGACAGACUGGAGCAGGAGCUGCUGAAGUACCGCUCCUUCUACGGGGACGUGGAUAGCCCGCUGCCUAAAGGUGAGGCUGGAGGGCCCCCCACCACCCGAGAGUCAGAGCUGAAACUCCGAUUGCGCCUGGUGGAGGAGGAGGCGAACAUCUUGGGGAGGAAAAUCGUGGAACUGGAGGUGGAGAACAGGGGGCUGAAGGCUGAACUGGAUGACAUGAGGGAGAACAGUCUGGUGGCAGCAGGAAUGGAUGGGUCCGGUAGCGGAGGUCAACAGUGCAGAGAGCAGGGCGAGGCCCUGUCAGAGCUGAGGCAGCAGCUUCAGCUAGUAGAAGAUGAGGCAGAGCUUCUCCGCAGGAAUUUAGCAGAUGUGGAAGAAGAAAACAAAAAGGUGACAGGUGAGCUCAAUAAACUGAAAUACAAGGCUGGAUCCCAUGAACCUGGAUCGAGACAUGGGGGAGGAGGAGCUGACCCCGCUAAAGUGGAGGCCCUCCAGGAGGAGCUGAAAACAGCGCGUCUGCAGAUCAAUGAACUGAGCGGCAAAGUUAUGCAGCUCCAGUACGAGAACCGCGUGCUGCUCUCCAACAUGCAGCGCUAUGACCUGGCGUCCCACCUGGGCAUCCGCAGCAGCCCCCGGGACAGCGACGCAGAGAGCGACGGGGGACGGGACGACGACACCCCCUCAGCCUCGGCUUCCUCACCUCGCCUCCUCCCGCCCCACCGCAAGCGUGAGGGCCCUAUUGGAGGGGAGAGUGACUCAGAUGAGGUGAGGAACAUCCGCUGCCUCACCCCGACGCGCUCCCUUUACUCACCCGUAGACAGUCGUUUUUUAUCCAGAAGCCUGAAGGACCGGCAGCAGAUGAUAGACAUCCGCAUCGAGGCGGAGAGGCUGGGUCGGACCAUCGACAGGCUCAUCGCUGACACCAGCACUAUCAUCGCUGAGGCCCGAGUAUACGUCACCAACGGGGAGCUGUUUGCCAGGCUGGAUGAGGAUGAGGAAGGUGGCAGGAUCAGAGAGCAUGAGCUGCUCUAUCGUAUCAACGCCCAGAUGAAGGCCUUCAGGAAAGAGUUGCAGAGCUUCAUUGACCGACUGGAUGUCCCCAAGCAGGAGGAUAAACAAGCAGAGGAGCCACUGUCUGUCACUCAAGGUACAGGACAUUAUCAUUUCCCAUGUAUGAUCCAAGCCACUCACCUACUCAGAUGCUUUCAACAUUUACUGGAGACCAAACACCUUGGAGCGACAGCAGAGUGUCACAAGAAUGACGGCCUGCGCUCGUCUCUGAGGAUAUGGAAGGGACCAAAGCGUCCCGUCCCGUCGCCUUGCGCUGGAGGAAUGUGGAGUGCGUUUAUGAACGGCUCGGGGCUGCACGGUGGGGGCGGUGCUGGUGGGGGCUACGUCCCGUCUCAGGGAUGGGAGUUUGUGCCGUGCUCCAGGAUGGAUAAGGCAGACAGGGGCAGGGGCAAAAGCCGCAGCCCGCGGAGGAGGAUCUCUUCUCCUCCCACCGUCUUCAGUCAGCUCUACGAAGCCCAGUUCGAUGCUACACCGGGUGGCGGAGAAGGUGGAGCAGGGGCGCAGCUUGAGGUCCUCAGGCGACAAAUGUGGCCGGGUCCGGAACCCCAGCAGCAGCAGCAAACGCCACACACGCGGCUUAAAAAGAAAUUUGAGGAUUUGAAAAAGAGACACGUACAUGACAAGGAAGAAUGGAUGCGCGAGAAGGAGUCAUUGUUGAGAGAAGUGGCAGAUAUACAAGGAGGGGAGAACAGGAGGAUUCUGCUGGACCUGAAGACAGUUUUGGAAGAAGUGCAGGCAGAGGUGAAGAGAGAGGAGGAGAAGAGGGGCGAGCUCCAGCUGCAGUACACCAGAGACAGAUGUGCCUGGGAGCUGGAGAAGGCUGAGCUCAAAUGCAGGAUUGCACAGGUGUGGGGAGCGAUUCGGAGGUCUGGAACCACACUAAAAAGCAGACAACAAUGCAUGCAAAUCAAUGCGAGGAGGCAUUUCCCCCACCACAUAGCAAGCAAACAUCCAGAGUCCCAGGCAGAGGUCUUAGGCUGGAUAUUUCCAGGCAUAUUUCUCCGCAUGCCACUGGUUUAUGAAAGCUGCUGGCAGCUAGGAGACAUCUCACUCUGCCUUAGCAGCCAACUUCCCUUCCUCUCUUUACCCCACAGGGUGUACAAGAAUAGUGGGAACUCUCUCCUUGAGACCGACUUGUGUUGUUUGGAAUCUAGAGAGGGGGCCGGGUUGGUCAGUGGCGGGGUCCAGUUGGCAGGAGGUCCUGGCUCUGUGGCAUCACGAAGUGCUCGAGAACAGCACGGCGAGACCUCAACACUCCGCCAGGAGAGGGAAGUGCAGCGGAGGCUCCUGGCAGACACACAUUCAACAGCCAUGGACCUGCGCUGUCGCAUGGAGCACAAUGAGAAAGACUGGUUAAGGGAGAAAGCCGAGCUGCUUGAGAGGUUCGACGUGGAGAGGAGGGAGUGGGAGAGCCAGCUGAAGGAUAUGCAGAGGAAAAUAGAAGGGCUGUACUGUGAAGUGAGGGCCAAGCGAGAAGGUACCGAACAGGACAGUGGGAGGCAGGACAAUGAUGAUGUCGUACAUAGGCUCAGCGUACGCUCAACCAGCACUGGUUCCAGUUUCCUCAGUGACAACUCCCGCUCCGAGCCGCUCAGCAGCAGCAGCAGUCAGCCAGAACCAACCAGACGUUCACCUUUACCUGUUUUUGGUCACAACCGUGGCAGUGGUUGUGUCGGCACAGACAGUCACCGCUCCACCUGCUUCGAAGUAGACAGCCUCUGUGAAUUAAAUGUUGGUGGUCAGUUCACUCAGAAUGACCGUUCACAACAUCAGCUGGUGCCUGAAUUAAGAUCCAGAUGCACUUGGCAGCAAGACUUGGGCACUGACAGCAAAGAAGCUGUGGAUAUAACAGAGCUGGAUGCUAUUUUUCAUGGCGUUCCUGGAUGCGGAGUGCAGCAGAAAAAUCUCUCUAAAGAAAAUGAAAAGAAUGUCCACGUGAGCCCCCGAGAAAGUCCUCUUUGGUCAGAGCUGAAUUACAGCAGCGACAAGAAGAAGAACACCACUGCUCUCAAUGCUGCUCUGAAGGAGAUAGCCCGUGUAAGCGAGGAGCUUUGUAGCUACCAGGAUGAGAUCAGAAAGAAGAGCGGGGAAAGGAGGAAUCGAUCUGAAUCCCUGAGCCUGCCGCAGGAGAGCGAGAUGCUGUUUUGCCAUGAUAAAUCCCCACUGGAGGCGGACGAAGCACCCUGUGACCUAAGCCAGAUUUACGAUGACCUGCGGGCCUUGGAGAGGGAAAACUGGAUCACCUUGUCACCAGAUAACACCUGGCGGGCCAACAGAAUGCCAAGCAAAUCCUGGAGAGCAAACACCACUGACCCAGACAGCUACAGAGAAACACAGACGAGCCCUGGAGUACUCUCUGAGAUUGACACAGCGGCUCCACCCAUCCCUCCCCGCGUCUCCUCCUGGAACCUGAGUACCCCCACCCAUCUAGACACAGAACUCCACAUCCCAGAAUCCCCCAUGACGACAGUGAGGAAGUGCCAUAGCCCCUGUGUUCUAGGGGACAGAAAGUGUAGCAGCCCAUCUAUUGUCAGGAAGUUCGGGGCCAUGCUACAAGAAAAUGAAGGAAAAGUUUUAAUAGACGGUGUGGUAACAUCGUGCUCUGUGCCCGCUAACUCUAACUGUAAUGUCGGCUGCUGCCACAACCGCUGGUCAUGUGAUGCAAGCAAGUUCAGUAGCAGUAAGUUGUCUACAUACGGGACUGUCCAGAAAAGCUUCUCUGAAGUCAACAUAUUGACUGCUGGAAAAGACUUUGGUGUUGGGAACUUAAGCCCUGAGCUACAAAUACCUCAGACUGUCAAAGAAUUACCUGUCGAUUUGCUCAUAUCCUCGCUUGAAAUGUCACCUGCCAGCCUCCACAUCCAGGGCUCCAGAAGAAACAUAAUGCUGGAACAAAAAACAGCUGAGUUCAACAGAACUUUGUUUCAAGCUGAGAUGGGUCGUGACGUAGCGGAACAAGACAAUUUUACAGUACCAGAUGCCUGCUCUGUGGGUUGCCAACCACUCUACUCAGAAACUUGUGCAUCAGAUGAGAUUUUACCUCCCAGGGAGACAACACUUAAGUCACUUUGUACUGAUGUCACCACUACCGUCACUGGUGUGAAUCCUGAAGUCCCAUUACCUCUCUCCACCUCAGAUUCCACAGUUCAUGAAGUACAGCCAAGGAGAUGUGGUCCUGAAGGUCAAGAGGUCAGAGUGAAACUUUCAUCUGAACAGCGGCAGACUGGACUUAGGGAAGAAACCACAGUAACCCCUCACAGUCCUACACACCAUUCUGAGGUCAAGCACAAAGUUCAAACAGCAAGCAGUCCUUCCAGGAAAACACAACAGAGAGCCGCCACAGAGGAUAUUUUUUCUGAGCCUGUCUUGCCUGCAAAUAACCAGCCAGGUCAGAAUGUGAAUGCUUCCAGCUUCAGGAGUGAGAUGAUUGGUGCAAAGUCUCAGCCAGCCAGAGUUGCUGUCUCACUCCAGUCUGCUGAGAACAAACAAAGACAGUUGACGCAGCCAGGGCACCAGGCACAGCCGAGGCAUAUAUCCGUUCCUCCUUCCCAGUCUGACUCCUCCAGACCUGGGCCUCGAAUGAUGAAUGACCAUCCCUGGAAGCCCCUCACUCUGGCUGCGUACCCACGGCCCGAGGGAUCCAGGUCCAACUACGGGGCAGUGGAAAGGAUUCUGAAGAAUUAUGAGAGUGCAGCCCGGGCUCAACAGAACCACUGCCAACAGGACGAGAUGGCUUCAAGUCUCAACGCCAGUGUCAGGCAGGAGGAGAACGUCACAGAACUGGACAUACUGGACAUGGACCCUCUGCCCUUACCACCCAUGAUGAGACACACACAGACUUCACACGCCUCACAGACACACACCAGACAUGCACAGCUCAGCAGCCACAGUUCCAGUACCAUGGGUGUGAAAGAGGUGCAUCUAUCAGUGCAGGAGAACGAAGAGUCUUCUGUCUCCUCUUCCCCCGUGCAGAAGAACUUCUCGAGGCCCGCCCGUCCAGCCAACCGACGCCUCCCCUCCCGAUGGGCUAGCCGCUCCCCAACUUCCUCCUCCUCCACCUCCUCCUCUCCCUGCACCACUCCAGUUGUGCCUCAAUCCAUCCCCCUCCAGAAACACACUUCCUCCUUUACCUACUCACACGCUUUUCAUAUGGAGACUGUCAUCAUUUGAUCCCCACCUCACCAUGUGAACCAACAAGAAGCCUUUAGUGAUCAUUUCUGUACCCCGAGCCUUCCUUUUUUUCAUUACUGUUGUGCAUACCAAACCCAGACUGCUUCUCCACUCCUACAGACUCAGAAGUGCUUUUAGUUGUGAGUUCAACAACUCACCUUUUAGAAUGUAUGCAGCAUCCAGUGGAGGCUAAGGCAAGGAAAGCAAAAAAGGAUCUGAAGCGGCUUCACAUAUUCAGCAGUAUGCUCUGAUUAACCUGCCAGGCAUCAUGUUUAGCCUCAGUGAAAACAUCACUUUCUACAACUAAUGCAUCAUUCAUCAUGCCAACCUGAAUGGAUAUCCUAUGCUCAGGUGUAGAUUCUUGUGUAGCCUUGCAAGAUCUAGCAACAGCAGACCCUUCACGACUCCUUCUGUCCUAAAUACUGUAUUUACACAUUAAAAGUGAUGCUAGCUCUUAUUCAAAUGAUCUGACAAGGUUUUAACCAAAUGAAAUCCAGAAUGUCUUUAAUAUACUGUAUAUUGUGUGCAACAUGUUUUGUGUGCUUUUUGCACAAACUAUGUUGGAUGAACAAUAUGCAGCAUCAUGUUGGAUUCAGAGAUACAGGCAGUGGAGCAGAGAUUUUCCUCUAGCAUCACUGUCGCUGUGCUAAAUAAAGCAGUUUUCUACUGUCUUGAAUAUUACAGUACAUGCCUGGACUGUACCUUGCCUGUGACAAACAUUUUGCUUUACAUUCACAACUAGCUUUAUAUUUUUCAUGAUUACAGUAACGCAAAGCUGUAAAUGUGAUUUCCUUUUUUAAUAACUUUGUACCAAAGGCUGGUUUCUUUAUAUGCAUUUUCCUGAUUUGAAACUUACAUGCAUUGUCUAUAAUGGCAUUUAUUUUUACAGUCUAUUUUGUUUUCCAGUUAAAGUAUAUGUUACAACAUUUGUGAGAGCCUGCUUUAGUGCAUAGCAGAAAUGAUGAUGCUUGUGAAACAAACAACAAAAAGAAGCAUUUUUCUACCUUUACUAAUUCUGAAUAGUCACAUAUCAAGACAUUUCUCAGCUAAGUAGUACAGAGUGGUGGGUCAAAGUGGUGAAUCAUAUCAUGAUGAAGGUGAUGCCUUUGCUGUUCUUUUUGUGUAAUAAACAUAAGGACUAAAUGAUUUAUCUUCUCUUUUGAUAUCACAUGCCGAAGUAUUAACGUUUGUGUUACACUUGUGCUGUUGUCACGCUGUGCAGCUUUUACUGACUAGUUUUCUCAAAUAAUUACACAAAAUAGUUUCUUGGCAGCUUAAUUCCGUUUGUGAAGGGUAAGUAUGAAAGCAGCAGUACAACAUAACACAUUAUACAGGGAGUAUUAUUAUAACGUGCUAUUUCAGAAGUUGAGCAGCCCUGUAGACAAACACUUUCAGUCUUAUUUAACCUGUAUUAUUUUCUCCACUCUCCAAUAAAUUUUGUUCACAAACGACAAGCUAAGCCGACCUUGCCACUGUGCAGUUGCCAUGCCCUGGUUCAGGCCUCUUCAAUCCUUAGCCUGCAGUAGGAGGAAUGAUUGAAGUUAACAAUAAAUGUAAUAAUAUUUCUCAAUCAAACAUAGCACAGAAAUAUUUCUGUGUGCAUCAAGAGGACGACUGUUCAACUCAAAGAUGAAGCACCAAAACCAGAUGACUGUCUGGCUCCUUCAGUCUUAUUGACUGACAUCUUUGGUGACACUAUGAUGUCUCCUCUGAGUGAUGACUGCAGAGCUAUGUGACAGCAGCAGAGGAACCUUAAAUUACUUUCAUAGUGUGGGUGUGUGUCUCUGUGCUUUUCUGCUGUAUGUUGCUGUAUGUGAAAUGUAUCCCUCCAUAAAUGUUUAUGCAUUCCUUUUUCCAAA